GGUGAGGGCGGGGCGCCGCCUCCCUUCACCCGGCGGCCCUGCGAGGGGAGGUCUCGCGAGAGGUGGGCGCGGGGCCGCGCUGCUCCCGCCGCCCCGCAGAGGACACGGCCAAGAUGGCGGCGGGCCGGGCGCUGCGGCUCCUGGCGCCCCUCGGCUGCCGCCUCCCGCAGCACGGCCCCGCCGCACGGCGCCUGCUGCAGCAGCCCCGCCGCGGCCUCCGCCUCUCCGCCGCCGCCGCCAUACAGGUGACGGUGAGGGACGCGCUGAACCAGGCGCUGGACGAGGAGCUGGAGCGGGACGAGCGCGUUUUCCUGCUGGGGGAGGAGGUGGCCCAGUACGACGGUGCCUACAAGAUCUCCAGGGGGCUGUGGAAGAAGUACGGGGACAAGAGGAUCAUCGACACCCCCAUAUCCGAGAUGGGCUUCACGGGAAUCGCCGUUGGCGCCGCCAUGGCAGGGUUGAGACCAGUGUGCGAGUUCAUGACGUUCAACUUCUCCAUGCAAGCAAUCGAUCAGGUCAUCAACUCGGCUGCCAAGACGUGCUACAUGUCCGCGGGGUCCAUCCCCGUGCCCAUCGUCUUCCGGGGCCCCAACGGGGCGUCUGCUGGCGUGGCUGCCCAGCACUCGCAGUGCUUCGCGGCGUGGUACGGGCACUGCCCGGGACUCAAAGUUGUUAGUCCUUGGAGCUCAGAAGAUGCCAAAGGUCUGCUGAAAGCGGCAAUCCGGGACGAUAAUCCAGUUGUGAUGCUGGAAAACGAAUUGCUGUAUGGUGUUCCCUUUGAAAUGUCUGAACAGGCACAGUCAAAGGAUUUUGUUGUUCCAAUUGGAAAAGCCAAAAUAGAAAGGGAAGGAACUCACGUUACAUUAGUGUCACACUCAAGACCUGUUGGACACUGUUUGGAAGCAGCUGCUGUACUGGCCAAAGAAGGUGUAGAAUGUGAGGUGGUAAAUCUGCGCACCAUUAGACCAAUGGAUAUCGAAACGGUGGAAGCCAGCGUUAUAAAGACAAACCACCUUGUAACUGUAGAAGGAGGUUGGCCACAGUUUGGAGUAGGAGCUGAAAUCUGUGCCAGGAUCAUGGAAGGAUCUGCCUUUAACUACUUGGAUGCUCCAGCUGUGCGUGUUACCGGUGCAGACGUUCCUAUGCCUUAUGCAAAAAUUUUAGAAGAUAACUGCAUACCUCAAGUGAAGGACAUAAUAUUUGCAGUGAAGAAAACUUUGAAUAUCUGAGUUGUAAAUACAUGUUUUAAAGUCCUGCUUUAAAAAGCAUUAAUGGUGUAAGGCAAGUUGUAUGCAUAACUUUGUUGUAUAGCUACAUUCUUUUGUACAGUAAAGUACAGUGAUCUCCCAGAAUAUUUAUAUGGCUACGUGUAACAGGGUUACCCUCUAAGCCACACGUGAUAUAAGCAACAAUGUGGUAAUGCUUGUCUGUUAGUCAGCUUGUACUUCAGCUGUACAGGUGGGUUAGGAUCUCUCUAUGUAUUCAAAAUUCACAGGGAAGAAAAAAAGCACUUGAAUUUCUGCUUGGCUUGUAAUUAUUAGACUACCUGGGUUUAACUGACUGUGAUGGUGGAUGAGUGCAAAAGGGUAGUAAAAGAGGAAUUUGCCCUGAAUUUAGUCCUGGAACGCUGCACAGCUCUCUAGGAGCUAUUUGCAAGGCUUAUUGAUGGUGAAGAAUCAAACUGGAGUUGAGCAAAGCCUUGCUUUCAGCAAGUGCAACUAUCUGUACAAAGUGGCCUGUGGUAUGGGUUAAGAGAGAACUAAUGUGCUUAGUUUGGAAAGUAUUCUUUCAUUACACAGAAAAGCUUCUGCACGCAAGCUUAAAUAAAGAUCCUGAUCCUCUUCGGUAUGCAAGGGGAAAUACUAUCUAUUUAUUCUUUAGUAGCUGUCACAUACAUCUUCUUUACUAGCUGCCACGUACAGCGAUAAAACACUCAUAUUUUUUUGCUUUUAUGUAGUUUUUUUUUAAACUUGCCGGAGGGACUAACAAGGGAAUGCUCAAACAAUAGUUCUUACAUGGGGGGGGAAAAAAGGUAUUUUAUUCAGAGUUGGGUAAUAAACUAUUUAUUCAAAAGUAGUAGUUGCACAGAUUGUGUCUAAAGAGCUGGGAAAGAGUUGUGGUAGCUUUAAACUGCUUAAGCUGCAACCACAUACCGGGGUUUAGCUAAGGGGCUAUUCCUGACAGGUAGGUUUUGGUCAGCAGCUCCUGUUACUGUCCUGAUAAGAGAGUAAGCAUUGCCUGUAGCAGUCUGCAGCAUGGCUUGCUCUAUAGUCAGGAAAAGCUGCCUUUCCCCUGAGCUGUUGGAGAGGAGAUACUUACCUCUCUUAAGCAGACGGGAGAGCUUAGGUCCUAUUUCAGUUACAAGCCAGGAAUACCUCUCAGGGUAUUUCCCGGUAGCAGAAGUGCUAUUAGGCUCUUAGAAGUCUGACUUGCAAGCAAAAUUCUACCAGAAUACAUCCACCACCACACUGCAGGAGGAAUUCCAUUAACAUUUUAAUAAAAAUGACUGAAUAUCACAGGUUACAUGAAACUUUGUACAGACAUUCUCUGCAUAGUAACAAACACUGAUGUAUCUGAAUUUAAAAAAUGGAUUAUCUAUAAUCCUUUAAAGUGCAAUUUAAGGUUUUAGUCAAAUCAAAAAGGAUCUUUCAAUAAAGUUUACGCUGUAAAA